CUCCUUUUCCACAAGACUAAUCCAACACCCUCAGAAAAGAAAAGAACACCUGCAGACACUCAGUUUCAGUCACCUGGAAUAGCCUACUCGUGUUCUUCAAUUUCGAGAGUUUUGGAGGCAAAAAAAAGAGCUAUGGUAGCCAUGUCUCUCCAUAAAGAGCUUAUCUUCUUGAUAUUACAGUUCUGCGAUGAGGAAGAGCUCAAGCAAACUGCACACAUGCUUCAGCAUGAGACGGGUAUUUUCUUCGACAUGAAGUAUUUUGAGGACCUACUGCUUGGCGGUAAUUGGGAUGAAGCUGAGAGAUAUCUGUCAGGUUUCAGUGGAGUUGAGGAGGACAAGUAUUCAAUUAAAGUCUAUUUUGAAAUUAGGAAGCAAAAGUUCCUUGAGGCACUGGACAAGCAUGAUACAGCAAAGGCUUUAGAUAUCCUUGUGAAAGAUCUAAAAGUGUUUGCUCCAUCAAACGAAGAGCUGUACAAGGAAAUGACACAUCUCCUAACUUUAGAUGACUUCAGAAAACAUAGCUCACUAUCCACAUAUGGAGAUAUGAUGUCUGCGAGAAUUCGCAUGAUGAAUGAAGUUAAGAAUGUCCUUGAAGCAAGUCCCCUUUUCCAUGACAAGUUAAAGUUCCCUGACAUCAAUAAAUCAAGGUUACGACGUCUCAUCAAUCAAAGCUUAAAUUGGCAGCAUGUUCUCUGCACAUAUCCUCAGCCAGACCCUAGUAUAAAAACGCUCUUUAUGGAUCAUCAAUGUCCACUGCCCGAUCAACCAUGUGAUCAUUCAAUUGAGAUCAAUCCACUGCUUUCCAAUGACCCGUCAACUACAUCAUCACCUUUUUCUGGAAAGUCGAAUUGUGAUCCGUCUACUGUUACUCAAUCUAUAGUUUCUGAUGGAGAUCUCAAUCUGGGUGUUUCAACCAAUUUAGACACAAAUUUAAAGGAUGGCAAGGAUUCUGAUGAUAUGUUCAAAAUAAGGUCCACUGGAACUUCAGAGGAGUUGACAUCGCCCAUAACUUUUCCUAGUCAAAGUCACAGUUCUGCACUCCACAUCCCUGAUGACCUGCCAAAGGCUGUUGGACGCAUUUUGAAUUUGGGUUCUUCUCCAACAAGCAUGGAUUUUCACCCCAUUCAACAGACUUUUAUUCUAGUUGGAACAAAUGUUGGGGACAUAGAGUUAUGGGAAGUUAUUUCUGGGGAGAAAUUGCUUUCAAGAAAAUUUAGAGUUUGGAAAAUUGAUGAGAUUUCAGUGACAUUCUUGGAAAAUCUGGUAAAAGAUCCAUGUGUCUCAGUUAAUCGUAUACUAUGGAGCCCUGAUGGAUCACUAUUUGGGGUUGCAUAUUCAAAGCACAUUGUACAGUUAUAUUCUUAUCAUGGUGGCAGGAAGAUUCGGAACCAACUGGAGGUUGAUGCUCAUGUUGGUGGUGUAAAUGAUCUUGCAUUCUCGAAACCAAAUAAGCAACUUUUGCUCAUAACUUGUGGCGAUGACAAGCUCGUUCAGGUGUGGGACGUGAUUAGUGGUGCCAAACAAUAUACGUUUGAAGGUCAUGGGGCACCUGUUUAUACUGUAUGCCCUCAUGUAAAGGAAACAAUUCAUUUUAUAUUUUCAACAUCAACGAAUGGUGAGAUAAAAGCAUGGUUAUAUGACAAUAUGGGAUCAAGGGUUGCGUAUGAUACUCCUGGUCACUGUUGCAUGAGAAUGGCUUAUGGUGCUGAUGGUAAAAGAGAUGGAGUGUCAUACAUUGUUGAAUGGGAUCAAACUGAAGGUUAUUUGAUGAGGACAUACGUAGGACUUCACAAAUGUUCUGCGGGUGUUGUGCAAUUUGAUACAAGCAAGAACCGAUUUUUAGCUGCUGGUGAUGACCAUUUAAUCAAAGUUUGGGAUGUGGACAACUGUGAACUGCUGACAACUAUUGAUGCAGAUGGUGACCUACCUGCAAGUCCAUAUAUUCGCUUUAACAAGAAAGGAACCUUCUUGGCUGUUUUUGCCAAUUAUAACAGAAUCAAAAUAUUGGCAAACUGUCAUGGCCUUCAACUGCUGCAAAUGUCUGAAGAUUGUCCCACCAAUGCCUUUACAGCUCUCUCAGAAACUCUUGUGAGCAUUUCAAUUUCAACUGCUGCUGAGUCUAGACUUACGGAUAAAGCUGUCCCUGUGAAAGGGGAUACAGAAACCUUGGAGGAUGGCCAGCCUGGAUCAACUGCAGCACCUGCUGACAUAUUAGAGACUCGGAACUUAUCUAAAAUUCAUGCACCUUCACAAUUGCAGUCCUUGAGGCUCCCUUCUGAAGUGAAAAUCAGCAAGGUUUGUGGCAUUUUUAAGUUAUCCCAGAAGACAAGUUACUUGUGA